UCACAGGAAAUACGUUCUGGGGUUCCUCGCUGUAGUGAAACAGGCUCAGUAUUCAGCACCGAUGCUAAACGAUGGCCAGUGUGCUGAGUGCAGUUACCAGUGACAAUGUAAGGAUCCUCAAGGCUUUGAUGAAAGUGCCUCAGUCGCUGAAUCAACACGACCUUGAACUUGCGUUUCUACAAGCAGCUAAGCUUGGUCACAAUAACUGUCUCGAGUGUAUCCUAGCAACAAAUUGUGUUGACAUAGAAACCAAGGACGGCAGUGACAACACUGCCCUGUAUCUGGCAGUUCAAAACAACAAACCCGAAGUUUUAAAACAGCUGAUUUCGGCAAAAGCAGAUGUCAACACAUUUGGAGGUGGCAACAAUCGACCAAUCCAUGUAGCAGCACAAAAUGGAUUCGAAGAAUGUAUGAAUAUUUUGAUAAACAAUGGAGCAAAGAUUAACAUAAAAAAUUCCAGUGGCAGUACUCCAUUGAUUUUAGCAAGCAGAAAAAGCCAUCAUACUAUCAUGCAGCUGUUGAUCACAGCUGGCUGUGAUGUCAACAUUCAGAACAAGGAGGGGUGCUCAGCUUUACACUACAGCAGUCAUAAAGCCAUGGGUGUUGACAUGUUACUAAGAGCAGGAGCCAACCCUAAUGUUACAGACAAAGAUAACAUAACUCCUCUUGUAAUGGCUGCCACAGAAGGGUUUGACAAUGUCAUUAAGGCUCUUUGUAGGGCAAACUGUGAUGUCAACAUAGCAAACGCUUCCGUCAACAAGACUGCUCUUCAUAUCCUUGCUUAUAAAGGUCAUUCUGAUUGUAUCAAUGACCUUGUGAUCGCCGGUGGUGAUGUUAACAUGUACGAUAAACAUAAACGCACUCCGUUAUGGUAUGCUAUAAAAAAUAAACGAAUUGAAGUGGUUCGACUUCUCCUGAAGGCCAAUUCACUUGCAGACAGUUUCCAGUGUGCCACUUUUGUAGAGGCUGAAUGCUGUCCUACGUUCCUAGCUCUAACAUUAGGUUUAUUCUCUGUCCUAAAACUCUUCAUCAUGACCGGUUAUGAUCGCCACCACCUGAAAAGCUACCUCAGACACGAAGACAUUAAGGAGAUGUUUGAGGACUGGGAGGACAUUGAAGAUUGGCUGGAACAUGCUCAAGAUUCCACCAUGACCCUGAAGCAGAUUUGUCGAAAAUGGAUUAGGCACCAUCUGGGUCUACAGUUCUAUCAUGGACUUUCUGAAUUACCAAUCCCAUCUUCUAUGAAAGAUUAUGUAUUCAUGAAAGAACUUGAUGAGGAACAUGUUUAGUCAAAUGAAAGCAAUGGUAUGUUUUGUUGCCUGCCAAAGAACUUGAAAGAUGAAAAUGAAUUCCUAUUUCUUAUUUGGGCAACAGCCCAUGUUAUCUAAAGAAUGAUGGUGGUUUCAUCCUACAGAAAUGUGACAUUUCCCCGGGUUACAAUAUAUUUGUAUUUCUAUAUACCUGUAGUGUGAUAAGACAUCCCAAUGGCAGUGAACGAUUAUAACCUACAUGGCAAAUGUCCAUGAAAUAAAGUAUUCAGGAUUUUU